UAUUGGCAUUGCUAUUCCGAGACCAGACCUGAGUUAGUUAGAACUGUCAGUUGAGAAUAGCCAAUAUCAAUCCAGUGUUCUUCACUUUUCUCUUCCUAUAUUUGGUUGUUUCCGUUUACAGAAGUAUUUAAAGGCUGAUAGCUACUUGACGCUAGCUGCAUUAGUUGGUUAACUGUAGAACCCGACCAAGAACCUUCGCUACUUAAAUCCUGACGAAAAAAUUGCCAAGAGAUUCACGUAUCAAAAAAUGAAACAUUCUUUGUCGCCGAAAUGGAUGAUAAAAUCCCUCAUUGCGUUACUUCUACUUUGUGUUGGAGUUUUCUGCCAAUCAGACGAGUCGACAUCUUCAUGGGCCAAACUCCAAAUUUCACCCAGCGAACUCUGUUCUAUGCCCCACGGAAGUUUCAGAGUCAACAUUUACGAACACGCAAACAAUAACAAGGCAACAACGACAAAAUCAAGUGCCAAAAAAUAUUUUUAUGCGCCCAUCGCCCUGCUGGACCACCAAAGCGCCACAAAUUACUACAACAACGUCACAAAACAGCCCGAGGUCCAUUUCCGCGUUGAAAUGUGGAACCCAAAAGUCGAGAGCGAAGUCGUCAAAUACUUGACCGAAUUUCUCAGUCAGCCGAUCAAAUCCAAUCAGGUUCAAGUCAUCCCAUUCGAUAAAGUGAUCCUGGCCAGCACGUCACCGUCCACCAGCUUCUCACUGAAAUCAAAUUGGCUCCCGUAUCAACUGGACAAGUCGCUCCAGUUGACACUUUCCUGUUUCCACCAACGAGAUUGCAACCAACUGGCAGCCGCCAUGCGGACCAAACCUGAGCAAUUCAACGACUUUAAACUCCUUUUCAGUUUGUCUUCGCAGACGUCGCAAACCAAACAGACGGUCAUCCGCAUCGACAACAUCGUCUCCGGACAAAUGAUGGCGCAAAUGUUGCAGAAAUUCAACGAAAACACCAAAGAAGCUCUGCUAACGGCCAGUGAUGAGAAGAAACUGCUAACGGAAUCGAUGACCAACGUGUUGGUCGACACGUUUGACGACUCGGACGUCGUUUCCCAAAAUUCAGAGUCGCAAAUCUACAACAUGUUGAAGAAUUUUCUCGUCUCGUCCAGGACGACCAUCAAAGAGCAAAGCGACAAAAUGUGGGACUCGGUUUUUUGGAACGACGACAACUACCGACCGGACAAGACCACCAAGACGAUGAACGACAUUUACAAGAAAUUGGACAAGGAAGACCAGAAAAAGUUGAUUGACACGUUUCAAAAUACCAACACAUUUGAUUUUGGCGCAGAGGCUAGUGUCGUGGGCAUUGGCUCGUUCGAAACAAAAUUCAAAAAUGAACUUUCCCGCCACGGUUCGACAACAAAGGAAGACAUCAACAAACUUUUCCAGGAAAGUAAAAAUCACGGCGAAUGGGACGGGGAAAAAUUUGUUCCCAAACCGCUGGCCCUCAGCAGAGUCAAUUUAGCAAAACUGCGGGACACGCAAUCCUUCCAGGAUCGCAAAGUGAGCGUCCGCUACUUGACCGCCGUCCUGUCAACUCCCAUCCAUUUCAUAGAAAACUCUGAGCUGACAGCCACGGAUGAAUGGCAAGAGUUGAAAGACGAAUUAAAAGAAACACAAAAUCGUUUAUCAGACGCUUUGGAACGUAUCCAAAAAUCGGAAAAGCAGCUAAACGACACAAACGCAACUGUUUUCAAUUUGAUCAACGAUGUAAAUGGUAUGUUGGGCGCUUACAAACCCGACCCCUGGCAACUUUGAAAUACCGUGGCGCCACCUAGUGAGCGUAUGUGUAACUACCUGUAUAGGGUAUGCUUCUACACCAGCCACCGUGUAGUGUAGUGUAUUUUGUGUAGUGUAGUGUGUUGUAUUUUGUCGAUUUGGCAAUAUAAAAUCACAUUUGAUAAAACAUCGAGGUAAAUUCAUGAAUCAUUUGGACGCUUUUGGUAUUUUAACACGGUCUGA